CCUGUUAGUUAUGUUAUGUUAGUUUUUAACUCCACCUCUCUCUCUCCCCCACCUCCCUCCCCUCUUUCCCCCUCUUUCCCCCUCUCCCCUCUCUCUYAGGACCCUGAGAAGCACAAGAUCUGCCUGUUCGAGGUUGGAGAGUUCAAGGGUCGUAAGAUGGAGAUCAUGGAUGAUGAUGUUCCCUCUCUGUUCUCCUACGGAUUCACCGAUAGGGUCGGCAGCAUCAUGGUCAGCUGCGGAACCUGGGUGGGUUACCAGUUCCCUGGAUACCGUGGUUCCCAGUACCUCCUGGAGAAGGGUGACUACAAGCACUUCAAUGAGUUCGGCGCCCGUCACCCCCAGUUCCAGUCUGUGAGGCGUAUCCGUGACAUGCAGUGGCACCAGCACGGCUGCUACACCUUGUCCAGCAAGUGAGGGUCCCAGAGGGCGA